UCGCAGCUCCCGACUGAGCUGCGCCUGCGCAACUCAUUGGCGCCAAGAUGGCGAUGGAGAUGAGGCUUCCAGUGGCUCGCAAGCCUCUUAGCGAGAGACUAGGCCGCGACACUAAGAAACAUCUAGUGGUGCCGGGGGAUACAAUCACUACGGACACAGGAUUCAUGCGGGGCCAUGGAACGUAUAUGGGAGAAGAGAAGCUCAUUGCAUCUGUUGCUGGCUCUGUGGAGAGAGUAAACAAGUUGAUCUGUGUGAAAGCUUUGAAAACCAGAUACAUUGGUGAAGUAGGAGACAUCGUAGUGGGACGAAUCACAGAGGUUCAACAGAAGAGGUGGAAGGUGGAGACCAACUCCAGGCUGGAUUCGGUCUUGCUGCUCUCGUCCAUGAACCUUCCUGGAGGAGAGCUGAGGAGAAGAUCUGCAGAAGAUGAGCUUGCAAUGAGAGGUUUCUUACAGGAAGGGGACCUUAUCAGUGCUGAGGUCCAGGCAGUGUUCUCUGACGGAGCUGUCUCUUUGCACACGAGGAGCCUGAAAUAUGGAAAACUAGGUCAGGGGGUUUUGGUCCAGGUUUCCCCCUCCCUGGUGAGACGGCAGAAGACCCACCUUCAUGAUUUGCCAUGUGGUGCCUCAGUGAUUCUCGGUAACAACGGCUUCAUCUGGAUUUACCCAACACCUGAGCACAAAGAAGAGGAAGCAGGGGGCUUCAUUGCAAACCUGGAGCCUGUCUCUCUUGCUGAUCGAGAGGUGAUAUCCCGGCUUCGGAACUGCAUCAUCUCGCUGGUAACUCAGAGGAUGAUGCUGUAUGAUACCAGCAUCCUGUACUGCUAUGAAGCAUCCCUUCCACAUCAGAUCAAAGACAUCUUAAAGCCAGAAAUAAUGGAGGAGAUUGUGAUGGAAACACGCCAGAGGCUUUUAGAACAGGAGGGAUAAGGAGGUGCUCCAGAAGCACAGGACUGUGGACCUUGCAGGAGUGAAGACUGUGAUGUGUGGUCCCCAUAUGUGGCUCAGCGAAGACUGGAGAGAUCAACCCUUUGUCAGCAUUGACGGCCCUGUGACGGCCUCCAGCCCACAGGCCUGCUUUCUCCUGUCCUAACACCAAGCCUGGGUGGCAGAUGAACAGUGCUUCCUUGGGUUGCCGGCUGAGUCCCAGUAUUAGGGAAUAGUUUCAGCUCUUUCAGAGUGCACAGUGUUCCAGUCGAAUGGGCUCCCAUCCUGGAAUAAUAUGGAGAAUGCUUUGUCUUCCACUCACUGUCAUUCACAAGGCACAGUGCCCCAUGAAAUUGCCCCAAUAGAAAACAUGGCAUCCCUGACCUCCAAAUGGUCUGUUUUGGCCUCCAUUCCUAUAUCCUUUAAAUGACUGAGAAUGCAGCUGGUAAAGUUGGAAGAAUAAAGUUAACCAAGCAGGCCAGGCACGGUGGCUCACGCCUAUAAUCCCAGCACUUAGGGAGGUCGAGGCGGGCAGAUCACCCGAGGUCAAUAGUUCGAGACCAGCCUGGCCAACAAGGUGAAACCCCAUCUCUACUAAAAAUACAAAAAAUUAGCCAGGUGUGGUGGUGCGCACCUGUAGUCCCAGCUAUUUGGGAGGCUGAGGUGGGAGAAUCACUUGAACCUGGGAGGCGGAGGUUGCAGUGAGCUGAAAUCGCGUACCGCACUCCAGCCUGGGUGACAGAGCAAGACUCUGUUUCAAAAAAAAAAAAAAACAAGCAGCCUUUUGCUUGGUUGGAAUCUGAUUUUCUGUUGCGUAUUCCUUGUAGCCAUAGAUGCGAUUAUCUCCACACCAGGCUGCCUUAAUCUGUCCUGCUUGGAGAGUGACUUGUAAGAUGCUGAAUUAUUCAUGAUAAUAGAGUGAAUGUUCCGGGUCCAUGUACUCAGAUAAACAUGAAGAAAAUAAGCUAAGAAAAAUGGAGAUCGGAAAAGCAAAGCUGUUUUCGUCCUAUAAUUGAAGUAGUGUGGUGCAUUAACUUGUGGAUAAUUCAGUUAAAAGAUAAAAAGACGUCAGAGUUCUCGCUGAAGAAUGUGAGAAUUCCUGUGCAUUGUUUUUUCUGAUGACUAUCUAAAAAUGGUGACCUGAUGUAGGUUUGGGGGAACAUUCUUAAAAAACAAGGGUGCUAUGUGCCUGUAAUCCAGCACUUUGGGAAGCUGAGUGGGCAGAUCACCUGAGGUCAGGAGUUCAAGACCAGCCCGGCCAAUACAGUGAAACCUCGUCUCUACCAAAAAUAGAAAAAUUAGCUGGGUGUGGUGGCACAAGCCUGUAUGUAGUCAGCUACUCAGGAGGCUGAGGCAUGAGAAUCGCUUGAAUUUGGGAGGCGGAGGUUGCAGUGAGCUGGUUGCAGUGCACCAUUGCACUUCAGCCUAGGUGACACAGUGAGACUGUCUCAAAAAGAAAAAAAAAAAGGCGGCCGGACGUGGUGGCUCACGCCUGUAAUCCCAGCACUUUGGGAGGCUGAGGUGGGUGGACCACAAGGUCAGAUCGAGACCAUCCUGGCUAACACAGUGAAACCCCGCCUCUACUAAAAAUACAGAAAAAACAAACCAUAGCCUGGCAUGGUGGCUGGCACCUGUAGUCUCUACUACUUGGGAGGCUGAGGUAGGAAAAUGACGUGAACCCGGGAGGCGGAGCUUGCAGUGAGCUGAGAUUGUGCCACUGCAUUCCAGCCUGGGUGACAGUGAGACUGUCUCAAAAAAAAAAAAAAAAAGGACUAUAUGCAAGUGCUGUCUUCACAUAUGUGGCGAACUAUUUUUUGUUUGUUUUUGAGACAGAGUGUCGCUGUGUUGCUAGGCUGGGGUGCAGUGGCUCGAUCUCGGCUCACUGCAACCUCCACCUCCUGGGUUCAAGCAAUUCUGCCUCAGCCUCCCAAGUAGCUGGGACUAUAGGCAUGCGCCACCACGCCCAGCUAAUUUUUGUGUUUUUAGUAGAGAUUGUUUCACCAUGUUGACCAGGCUGGUCUCGAUCUCUUGACCUUGUGAUCCACCUGCCUUGGCCUCCCAAAGUGUGUGGAUUACAGGUAUGAACCACUGCACCCAGCCAUAUUUUUUGAUAUUUAUAGACGUCUUUUUGUUUGUUUGUUUUUUUGAGACGGAGUCUUGCUCUGUCACCAGGUUGGAGUGCAGUGGCGCGAUCUCGGCUCACUGCAACCUCCGCCUCCUGGGUUUAAGCGAUUCUCCGGCCUAAGCCUCCCGAGUAGCUGGGAUUACAGGCACUUGCCACCACGCCCAACUAAUUUUUGUAUUUUUAGUAGAGGUGGCAUUCUACCAUGUUGGCCAGGAUGGUUUUGAUCUCCUGACCUUGUGAUCCCCCCGCCUCAGCUUGCCAAAGUGCUGGGAUUACAGGCGUGAGCCACUGCGCCCAGCUAUAGAUGUCUUAACAUCAUUGUUUUCUGUUCUUUUGUUCCGGGUAAUAAUGAGCUGAGGACAGCUGAGGAAGUGCUUGGCUGACAAAAUGCCUUCCGACAGAGCCCUAACUACUCCACGUAAACCUAGGACAGUCUCAGUGGUAGUAACUUUGAACACUGCAUUUGAUAACUGAAAUACAACUUGGCUCUUUUUCAUUAAAUGGUAUGCUUCUCUAUAACAACACAAUAAACAACUUCUUACCUCACUUUCUUUUUUUGAGACAGGGUCUCACUCUGUCACCCAGGCUGGAGUGGGGUGGCAUGGAUCACGGAUCACUGGAGCCUCUACCUCCCAGGCUCAAGUGAACCUAUCUUAGCCUCCCGAGUAGCUGGGUCCACAGGCAUGUGACGUACCACCAUGCCUGGCUUUUUUUUUUUUUUUUUUGAGACAGGGUCUUGCCCUGUCACCUAGGCUGAACUGCAGUGGCACAAUCACGUCUCAACCUCCUGGUCUCAACCAGUCUCCAACUUCAGCCUCCUGAGUAGCUGGGACUACAGGUGCUGAGCCACCACAUGUUGCCCAGGCUGGUCUUGAACUCCUGACCUCAAGCAACCCUCCUGCUCAAGCCAUCUUCCCACCUUAGCCUCCCAGAGUGUUGAGAUUACAGGCAUGAGCCACCACACCCUGCCUAUUUUUUUUAUUUUUACAAAUUUUUUUGUUGUUGCCCAGGCUCAAGCGAUCCACCCACCUUUGCCUCCCAAAGUGCUGGGAUUAUAUGUGUGAGCCACAGCUCCUGGCCUCCUUUUUUGUUUUUCCUAUCCCAAGUUGUAUUACUAGUUUUGGGGAGUUUGCAGACAAUUGAAUAUUCUAUAGGCUGUGUUGCAGCUUUAGAUGGAUCGACCUGUCAUGUUUUUGAGGUUAUCCAGGCUGUAUAUCUCUGGAGAGAAGGGAAUGGCAAAGAGUGGGAGUCUGAGUCAAGUUUGGUUUUGUUUUUUUAAGAGACAAGGUCUCUGUAAUCCAGGCUGCAGUACACUGGCAUGAUCAUGGCUCGCUAUAGACUUCGGCUCAAGCAAUCUUCCUGCCUCAGCCUCCUGAGUAGCUGGGUUUGGUUUUCCCCAGGGCCAUAUGUCAGCUAAUUUACCCUCCUCACUUGGUGUCUCCCAGCCUGCCAGCCUGUGCUGUUCAUCCAGUAUCUGCUGAAUGGUGAUUACCUAUUAAGUGGAACUAAUACAAAAGUCUGUCUAAAAGCAAUUUUUGGUGAUUAUUUCCUUGCAGUGGCCCACUAGAGGGCGCCGUUGUUAAGUGUAAUUCCAGUAGGUGUGUUUUUGUUUUUUUUUUUAAUGGAAUAAACUGAAAUCUUUACAUGGUACUGAA